AUGGAUUCGUCAGGAAAAGGAGUCCCUAUCAACUGUACAGCGGGGGCUAUUCCGAUCAAAAAUGAAAAGGGUGAGUCCAGCCGUCUACUAAGCAAACUUCCCUGUGCAUUAUCCUUUCAUCAUAAUGUUUUUUUUUUAUCAUUUCUAAUCCUCAACAGGAGAGUUGACUAUGCAGAAAGUGAAAGUCAGCAGAUAUGUAGCUGGCAAACGGUGAGAAUACUGUACCUAUUUAAUAGCUUAGUAAAUAAUGCGAAAUUCUUGUUGCAGACAUACAUACGUUAUUAGUAUUCCCCAGGGGGCUUUUCAAUACUAAACAGCAAAGAACAUUAUAAUAAAAAAUGAAUGAAAUUAUAAAAAGCGGUCAUUAAUUAAAAUAAUUCUCUAGCAUGUGCGUUAUCAACUUUUUUUAAAAUGAUGGUAAAGAUCACUGUUUAAAAUCUUUGUCUAAAUUGUUCCAAAUGUUGACUGCUCUAUGGAGGUAACGUCGCUGUCCUGACUUUGUCUUACUUGGAGGAAUAUCAAGGGAUUCGCUGUUUCUAGCGUUAUGAUGGUGAAUAGACUUGCGUCUUUGGAGAGACUCACACAUGUAUGUGAGGGCCAGGCCCUUCAUGCACCAAAAUGUCAUUACAGUGUCUCUGUAGUGGAGAUGCUCAUUUACCGGUAGCCAUUUGAUCUCAUGUAACGCAGGUGGUAUGCGCUCUAAUUUCUUUGUUUUUGUUAUGAUUCUGCACGUGAAAUUCUGAACAGCUUGAAGCUUCUUGAUGUCUGUGACAGUUGUGUUUGACCAAACUGUAGAGCAAUAGAACAAUUUGCUUAGGACUAAAUAAUAAUAAUAAUAUAAUAAUUCGUGAAUUUUGAUGAAAUUUAUCAACUUAUACCACUACAUGACAAAUUUCUGCAAUUUGAUUGGCUUAGAGCAGUGGUAUUUCAGCUUAAUUUGAAAUACCUACAUGUGAAAAUUACAAACCUUUUGCGGGUAGUGGUAUAAACAAAUAAUAGCAUGAUUUGUACGUGAUAUUUGCCAUAAAUACCACUCGUGAUAUUUCAAAAUUGUUUCAAAUUUCACUCGCCUAACGGCUCGUGAAAUUUCGUAUAACAAUUUCGAAAUAUCACUCGUGGUAUUUAUGUCAAAUAUCACUACAAAUCCUGCUAUUACCUAUACAAAUCUAAACCCCCAAUCUUUCACUACCGCAAAUUUCAGCCCUGAAUAUGCCAAGUAUUCAAGCGAUGAGGAGGAUGAAGAUGAUGAAGUAUUGGGGGAACCAUUUAUGAAAGAACGAGAUGUUGACGAACAAGAAAUGGACAAGGUAUUGUUUUAGAAUGGUAAUGGAAAUGAAAGAAGUCCACUUAGGCCAUAACAAGUAUUUAUUAAAAUAUUGGAUGAAUUCAGAUGCUGAUCUCAAUUCCAGCCAAACUAAAUUCAAAAGGAGAAAAAUGCUCAUUUUGGUCAAACUGCUUGCAAAAUACAUUAUUAUAAUUUAUGCUUUAGGUUUGGUACAUGAGAAGUUCGGCGUCCGAAUCAAAGCCAAUCCAAAGUCAUUCCACAGUCGGAAUUCCUGGCUAGGCUAGACGUGAAGAAUGGCUGAACCAUUCCAAAUUGAAAUAGGCAUUCCUAAUUGAUUCAGACAUCGAACUUUUCAUGUACUUAAUUCAAUAUAUUGGGUUCGGCUCAUGAAAUGAAAAGAUCGGCAUCUGAACUGGGCCUUAGUUCAUGUAGCAUUACAUGUACCUCUGAGACUUAAGAAAAUGGGCAAUGGUGUGAGUAAUUUUAAGUUUCUUUGGGUGAGUUUUCUCUGAGCUUGUCUUCAGCACACUAUUUAAAUGGAAUUUCUUAAUUGUCAUAUUUGUUAUUGCAAUAUUAUUAACUCACCACAAAAGAAGUCAGUUCUUUGUUAAUGUGCAUAGUUAUUGUUCAUCCAUAGUAGCAACAUGCUGCUCUUUUACAUUACCUAUUAAUGUUGAAAUCAGGACAACUGCUAGCUAAAUGGAUUGGAGAAUUUGUCGUAGUUAUGGAUAAUCCUUAAGAUACAGUUGAUUAACUCUCCACAAAACCUACAGACUUUUACAGAAGAAAACUUCUGAUGUUACACACUCAUGCUUUUAAGAACCAUUUACGGUGGAGGGCCAUGUUUUGUAGAAGUUGAAUAUCUGGUCAACCUCAUCACAUGCUGAAGCCUAGAAAUAUUCACAGGGCUCGAAAUUAAAAAAAUCCUCAGGUCACCUUUUGGCGACCAACUGGAGAAAUAUAGUCGCCAGAUGCAAAUUUUUAUUCUCCGGUUUCUGUAAUGUAAAUGAUGCAGCUCAGGGCUUGUGAUACAUUUCCCGCGGUCACGAAGCCAUGAAAUUCAGGUAAAUGUGCAAAAUUCACAAAAGCGCGCAUAAUACUGUGAAAUUCAGUAGAAAUCUUAUCACGUACAUGUCUGUACAACAUAUUUGAAAGUUAUCUCAGCAAAUUUAUCUUGACACUUUGUCACUGAAACGUGCAAACAACAUCCCAAAACUACCAGGCGUGGGUCACGUUGCGAAAAACUGGGCACUAGCCAUGAUGUUAACGGCUUUGCCGUUGGUUCAUUUCUGGGGCGUAUUGUUGUUGAGAGAGCAACAAGUCUAAAAUAUAGAGAAAUCUGGUCGCCACUUUGGCAACUAAACCAGAAUUUUUAGUCGCCAAGGAGAAAAUGUUAGUCGCAUUGGCGACCGUAUCAGUCGCAAUUUCGAGCCCUGAUUCACUUGAAACAUCAUGAUUAAUUGUCAUCACAAGACGCAGUAUUGUGAAACAAAAAGUAGUACUGCGUCACGUGUAGUAUUGUACAUAUGUAAUUUACCAUAAUGAAUAACUAGAACCUUAUUUUGCAAGACCUAUUACACUCUUUACACACUCCUUACUUACUCCUUACUUACUCUUCUGUUUUGGUCUGUUCAUUAGGUUUUCCAGAAAGCGGAAAAGACAGAUAGAAGAUUACGACGAUUACAAGAAAGAGUUAAAGAUGAGGAUGAUGAAAUGUAUGUGAUGCUGAUGGUACACUGUACAUUUACAUUCAUAAUUUUGUUCAUAUAAAUAUCAUCUGAAAUGAUAACUGUCACCUGUUUGAAAGUAUCAUCAUUGAAGCCAUUUGUGAGAAGCAAGCAAACCUGUUCAUUAAUAUCAUAUAUUGAUUGGCCUGGCAUUAAAUUGCAUAAGAGGCUGAUGUACAGGGUUGGGUGCUUGUCCAUUAGACAGAACAAGCUAACCAGACAAUUAAAGUCAUAAAGAGAAUUUAGCUGUCAAUCAAACCUGCCCAGCCAGGUCAGUCUAUAUUACCUGGAAGUGGUGGUUUUCUAGCCAGUCAGUUCAGUAUUUUGUUAAGCACUCUGAGAGGCUUAUGCACCCAUUUGUUACAUGGUAAAAUAUUUCAAAAUCAAUAUGUCUCUGCUAACUGUGAUAUACAAUCAUGUCACCAUAAACAGAUUUUUUUCUCAACAUAAACUGUAGUCUGAGAUGUCACUCAUUUUUUAUUCAGUCUUUUACUUUUCAUUUCAUCAGGGAAGGUCACAGACGUCGACCUCAUGAACCUGAAGUGAUUGCCAUGGGAGACGAGGAAGCAUCAGGUGAAGAGGUAUGAAGUUUACUUUUUCUUACGAUAGGCUGAUUUAGAUCCAAUGACAGCAACAGCAAUAUGAACAUUAAAAAACAAUAGGUUUUAUCUUUACACUUACAUCGCACUUUUUUGUUUAAGUCUGUGUUGAUCCAGGGCUCGAAUUUAAUUUUUGGAUCACUAACCCUUCGGGUUAGUAGACAUAUUUUUUACUAACCAAAUUGUAAAGUUUGGUAUCCAAGCUCACAACUAAAAAAUCUUGACAAUCUUGAAAUCUCAAAUAUUGAACAUUUUGUCAAUAACCACUAGAACAAAUUAAAAAGUAGUCGAAAUUGCAUGGUGACCUUAAAAAAACGUUGACAAUUAAGCGCCUAGUUUAUUUCCCUCUCGUUUCCCUUGAAGAGACCAGCAUGAUUUAGGUAGUGAAGAACAGUACAUCUUCAGCACAUUCUCUAACAACAGUUUGAGUUGAAUGAUUCAACAAAUUGAGUAUUCUAAGUAUUCCUUAGUCUCGUCAAACUGAAGCCACGCAAAUGUUUAUUUCCACUCCUGUCGAAAUGAUCGGCCCUCUUGUUUCCUCUUUUCUUCGUAACGCUUCCAGGAGCUCGAGUCUUCCAUAUCUUCUGUUGUCUUUGGUUCCUUUUCUUGACAUUCUUCUUCUUCACCACAGUUACUUUCAGCUGGAGCCUGCCUUUUUCUAAUAAAUCUAUCCAAAGAACUGUGCAUAAUUCAAUGCCAAACUGCCAGUUAACCUCACAAACAGUAAUUUCGAAGCGAAGAUGGCGGAUCCGAUAUUGUAGUGUCCAGAUCCCCACAUUCGACACAAACUCGUCUCCAGGGCCUUAGUGCUCAAAAGGUCUGAAAAGUUUGAUUCGAUCGCAAAGAUGGUGAGAACAAAUUGUUGAGACAGAAAACAAUCUCAUGCAAGAAAACAACACAAAAAUCGUUCCUAAAAAUUAACAUUUACUUGUAAAAAGGUUAUUUCCAUAACAUAAUUUAAAUAUUUAAGAAAAUUUUUACUAACCGUUGGUUAACAGGUUAUCAUUAAUUUCGAGCCCUGUGAUCUGUAUGGUAUGACUACAAUAAUUUCAUGUUCUAUGGAGUACCAGUCAAGUGCCAAGAAAAUUCUAUUUCUCUUUCUGAACUUGGAUAUGGUUCUUUGAAGUUCAACUUCAGGAGAGUUUGCCUACACUAGAUGAAGCAAGUGAUUUGGAAUAGAUGCAACAUAUUAUGCAGCUCAGCUACAUCCUAGGCUCCAUUGCUAUAUUUUUAAUAGACCUCUUUCUUUACUACAGUAGUGUCACUCAUCCUUCUUAAUAACUGUUUUACAAAUGUAGCUGUGUGGUAGUUAUUUUUGAUUUGAAUCUUAGCAAUACCAACUCCCAACACAAAGAAGUUGUUUGAAAGAUAUUUAAAAUCAUAGAUUCCUCAAAAAACAAUUUUUUGCAACCUGUGGAUAUGUUGUCAUUCAAUUUUAUCCUUGGUUCAAGUUUUAUUUCCCAUUGUUUCAAACUCAUUAUCAUAACUUACCAUACCCCAAAACAAAGGGAAAUAAAAGUUAAACCAAGGAUAAAAUCGAACCACAACAGAUACUUACAUGUAAAUUAUGUAAGUAAUCCAUGUUGCAUUAGCUUCAAUGCACAGUGAUUACAACAGUAAAUUACAGCCAUGAGGUAUCUAAUAAAAGCAAAAUUUUUAUAUAACAGGAUGAACGAGAACCAAGGAGAAGAGUGCAGCGAAUGGAAGAAAGCAGGUGCGUGUUAAGUAUUUAUCCCACAUUUCUAUCUUUCCCCUAAAAUGCUACAAAUCUGAAAAAAUUAAUAUAACAUCUCUAUACUGUACACCAUAAUUUCUCACAGGAUUUAGUCAAAAUGCAUUUACACAAAUGAGUACCAACCCAAAAUUACAAUGCACCCUUGAAGCAACAGUGCUGCCCUUUGUUGAAAUUUUUGUAACUCAUUAUACCCAAAUGGUAUUUUUUUCUUUUCACUGAGAUUUUGCAUGACCAAUUCAAACGUGGUGCUCAAAUAAUAAUAAUUUUUUACCUACUAAGUACAAAUACAUUCAUGUUUCUUUUACUAUACAUGCUGUUCUCUACAACAAAAAGCUCCAAAAAAAUUCUUACUUGCUAAAGCUUUACUUUGUAGAUAUUAAUCUACUGGAAAAAAUGUUAUUUAUCUGUUUUAAAGUGCAGAUAUCCAUGGCCUUUUUAAAGUACACUGUGCAUUGUACCUUGGCUUUUUGUUCUAAUUGAUGGGUUUUAAUUUUGUUUUAUGAUAUUAGUGACGAAGAAGAUUUAGACGAAGAGGUACGUUUUCCUUGAUUAAAAAAUUAUGUUGUUUUGUGACAAGUAUAAUGAGAUGUUUCAUUAUUACUUUUAAGUUGAUAGAUUUGAUGUGAUCAGCCCAGUUGUUGAUCAAACCAUGAUUGUAACAAGCUGAAAAAGAACCAAAUAGAUUAAUUUUAGGCUUGAGGUGUGGAUUCAAACCUGAUCUUUUGGUUCAUCUUUCAGUGUUGUGGGUACACUGUAUCGGUACUUCAAAUAAUAUCCUCUUAUUUGCAUGUAAAUUGUUUUGUUAAGUAGUGAUGUGAUUAUCUUUUAUUCUGUUCUUCAGGCUAUUGAGCGGAGAAGGUCAAUGCUCAGAGAAAGAGCAAGACAGAAAGAAAAUGAAAGGGUAAAAUGACACCUUAUUUACCUUUACGUAACAUAAGUUGUUGAAUGUUCAUGACGGUAAUGUCAGUAUUUCAACUGGUUGGACUGGCGAAGCAGAGGUUAGAUGCUUGUGUGCCUUCUCAUCAUAACAAUCAUCAUCUUCUUACAGCUACAUGUUCAAUUUUUAUGCUAAAUUAAUUGAAUUUAACACAAAAUAAAUGUACAGCAGUUUCAAGUAUAAGUGCAUAUGAGCUUAAGCUAGAAAAUCCAUCCUGGCUCUGGCUGGGUUGCCUAACACCAAUUUUUUUUUUUUUUUCCGUAUUAUAAAGUACUGAAUGUUUCAUGUCAUUUUUUUUAAGGACUUGCUGGAUGUGGAAGAUGAAACAAAAUCAGAUGAGGAAGAAGAAGAAGAGGAGGUAUCAAUUAAUAAUAAUAAUAAUUAGAAUAAUAUGGAACCCUUUAAGCUACUGAAAUGUAAUGUUGCACAAAUUUAUUUUGUUCCAAAUUGAGCAGCUGUUGUUCCCAAAAAUAGCUUUGAACAGUCUAUCAUACAGUUAUGUAUGGUGAAAUUCGUCAUUCAAAAUCUUGAACGUUUCCAAUGAACAAAAGCUGAAACAUCUCUGGUACUUUUUGAAUAUUAAUUUUGCAACAGAUGUUAAUUUUUGUGCAACCUUCUUCAUCUUCUUAUUUCUCUUUUAGUCAUCAGAGUAUGAGGAAUACACUGAUUCUGAGGAAGAAGCAAACCCGAGAUUAAAACCAGUGUUUGUCAGGAAGUAAGUGUUACUUUCACACAUAAGUGAACACUUGGUAUCAUUCCAACUUAGAUACACUUUGUAUUUUAAUGCUCACAACAUUUUUAUGCCAGUUUGCAUAGUCCAAGAUUUUUGAUAAACUGGAAGCACUGAUUUUUUUCUGAAAAUUAUAAAAUGAUUAUUGAAAGGAAUGGCAAGCAUUCCUAGUGGUAUCCCAUGAACUUUACUUUUACUUAAAACUUCAUUUUAGUAAACAUACAUGUAACAAUGCAACAAGUGUCAGCACAAAAGAGCUUUUAAUACCAGUUGGUCAUAAAUAUCCGACUUACAUUUCUUGCCCAUAUCAUACAAAUGCUAACUACCUGUAUGGUCAGAUGUGAUGAUGAUGAUGAUGAUGUUGGUAAUCAUAAUAAUAAUAAUUAUUAUUAUUAUCAUUAUCAUUAUUAUUAUCAGCAUGUAAAGAAAGUAGUGUCCGAUAGCCCGGGUCUAAUAGAUUUUGCUAUCAGGCUAGUGAGUUCUGUUAUUAACUUGCCCGACGGGCAAAUGAAGUUUUUCAGGUAUUCAAAUUACAGAAGAACUGUUAAAUCAAUUCUGCUCAUCAAAAUGUAUUUGGGGCUAGUUGAAUUGACGUUUGGGCUAGUAUAUGCUAGCUUCAGAUUGCCCAAAUGGCUAGCUUUAAAAAUGACUUUCUUUCCACCCUGUAUUAUGAUAAUAUUGGAAAAUUUAUAAUGCACCAGUAUCUAUAUGGAUAUAAUCAAAAUAAUGUGCAGAUGAUGAUGAUGAUGAUGAUGAUGAUGAUGAUGAUGAUGAUGAUGACAGGACAGAUCAAAUUAAUAUUAAAAACUAUACGUUGUACGUGUACUAAAAGCCAACGAUAUGAUAGUCCAAUUUUUUUUUGUUUGUCCAACGUAAAUGGUGUCCUGGUCAGCAAUUAGUAUGUCCGUUCACUAAGAAAAUUAUUUGCAGAUCUGUAGCAAUGGUUACUUUCCUGUUAUUGUGUUAUCAUUGCUCAAAUCAAGUGAAAGAAAAAACACUCAUAGAGGUAUAUACUAUAAUGAUAUGUUUUGUAUAAAACGCCUUGUAUUGCAGAAGUGACAGGGUUACUGUUCAGGAACGUGAAAAAAUGGAACUUGACCAGGAACGAAAGGAAGUGGAGAAAAAGAAGAAUGCUGAGGAAAGAACAAAAAUAUCACGAAAGGUAAGUUGAACUAUUGUUGUUGUUGUUUUUUUUCUUUAAAAGAAAUGGUAGCAGAUCUAGACACAGGCAAAACGUUACUGAAAUCCAGAAACAUAAGUGGCAAUGUUACAUGCUUCGAUGGGAAAUCAGGGUGAAAUUAAAAUUGUUGCCCUUAUUUUGCUCUGAUAACUCUCUAAAUGAUCUUUUUAUGGUUUGCAUGAUCUUGGCCGGUCUGCCCCAAAAUGAUGGUUAAAGCCAUGUCGGCCAAUAAGCUUCAGAAUUGCUAAACCUGAAGUAAGUGGGCCAGGAAAUUAUGUUAUUAUUCCUUGGAGCCCAUGUGAUGUUUUCAUUACAGUUGUUUGAAACUUACAGGCCUCGGUUGUUCAAAAGUUGGAUAGCGCUAUCCAGCGGAUAAGUAGUGCGAAGACCAAUAGAGUACCAAGGUGAUGACGUCAUAAAAAUGAAAUUUCUUAAAUUAUGGGAUUUGUCAGGAUAUUCUGAAAGAACAAUGUCCAAGAGGCCUACUUACCAAAAAUGAGCAUUUCAGGGCAAAUUGUCUCUGAGAUGUUAGCCUGUUAUACACAGAAAACUCCAUACAAACCCUUCUAAAUUUUUUUUGGGUCUACCCAAAAAAAAUUAGAAGGGUUUGUAUGGAGUUUCUAAACAUAACUGUGCUACGAUCUCGAAAACAAAUAUUCAAAUCAAAAUAAAAAGAAUAAGAGCGCGGUUCCCGGCUAGAAAACUACUGCAUUUUGUUUCGUUAACUGAUAGUUUUAUCAUGUUAGAUACAAAACUAUUGAAACCUCGAUCUUUAAUGGAAAUGGAGACAGCUUACCGGGCCCGUUAAUUAUCGGGACUUUCGAGAAACGCGCCCCUGGCCCUCCCGUUUGGGAAGGCUUCAGAAAAACAGGCUUUGUUUUGAUGCAAUGCAAUUUUUCAACUCUUUUUAGUCUGUUCAGCUGACCUGGAUAUAAUUUGUAGCGAGUCGUUCAAUCUCCCUCCACGUCAAAUUUUUUAUUUUUAUGUUUAUGCACAAAAGUUUCACCCCGGAUGGUUUGUGUAAACGGUAAGCCACCCCACCCUUACGUUGGUUUCAAAAAGCUAAUGGUUAUAAGUUUGUAGUGCUAAGGAAAACAUAAAUGUACAUGCCUUAAAAGCAUUUGUGCUUUUCUCUCCGAUGCACAGCUUGUUGAAGAGCUACUUAGGAAAGAAUUACAGGAGGAACAAGAAGGUAAAGGGCUAUCUUAACUUAGUGUCUUUUAAGCAGGCAGCAGUGUUCAAGACUUCUUAUUCCCUGCUAGCUAAGUUCUCUCAUAACAGAAAAAAAUGAGUGGAAGGAGAAAGACCUCUUGCUGGCCCCUGACGCUUUCUCCUAAGUUGCCGACGGAGGCAAACUAGUUGGUUAUUUACCAUCAUCACCAAGGGGUUAAACUGACGAGGAUACUAAGAACAACUUUUCCUUAGUCGCCAGAGCUGGAUUUCACCUUGUGGCGCCCCAAGCCAGUUGAAAUCCAGCUCCCAAAACCACUAAGCCACGCUGACUCACCUUCAGAUGAAACUAGUAGUGUAUAAUAAAUAUGGAGUUUACAUGUAAGCUACCAAGACGAGAAAGGUAAAGACAAGGAAAACAACCACACUGUACUUGCACUAUAAUUAUCCGCACAUUUUCUUUGCCGUCAGUACAGGCCUGCGAUGUUCUAUCGAGGACGUUAACGCAAAAGAACUUUUUCUUUUUUUCUAAACUUUUAAUUCAAUACGUCCUUAGGAAGUCAUUUAAAAGCAAAUUAGCCAGCAUUUAACAAAUUGAAGGAUGUAGAAUAUUAACGAUGAACUUUGAAACAUCGCGAUGUCGCUUUUUUUCUUCUUUUGCCGUCGUUCUCGUGGUUGCUUACGUGCAAGCUCUCCAAUAAAUGUACAACAACGGAAAAUAAGAUAACCACUCAUACUCGUAACUUUGUGUUUAUGAUUAUUUCCUGUAGUUGAUGAUAUAGAAGACAUUAUAAUAACUGACGAUGAAGAUGACGAAGAAGAGGUGAUUACCAUGUGAAUUUAUUGUGAGAAACCUUUUUGCCACUGCCUAUCAAGAGCUGUUGCAAUAGUCCCUAAAAAUUGAUGUUUUCAUAUAUUGAUUCCAAUUACACCCCAACGUGUAGUAAGAGAGACCUUUAGAUUCGAGAACGACUACGAGUACGAGAUUUGACUUAAAGUUUUUUCGCGUAUUUUUUAAUAAUAGACACCCCGGAAAGCUUUAUUGUACUUCCUUUCCGCCAAAAAAUAGAACAGUUAUCUUUAUUGAAGGAGGUUAAGCCAUCCCCGGCCCCAAAAUGAUAAACCUCUAACACUUUAUUACUUGUUUCCGCCACUACGAAAUUCUCGCUAAAACUGGUAGUAGAAUGGUGACGACCUGCACGUUUUCCCGCCAAAAUGACCCUGGUUCACGUGCGCGCACUACUUAGUAUUGAGAACAUCUUGUACUCGUACUCUUACUCGUCGUCUUAGAAUCGAAAUGCCUCUGAUACCUCAAGAGAUGACAGUAUUUAGGUUCUCUUUACUUUUUCUAUUUAUGUUAGUUUCGAACUGUCCUGACUAUGAUUUUAAAAGGUCAAGGUAAAGAGUCCUUAUUUUACGUCGGUUGGCUGAAAUAGUCAUCCUCUGACUAACAAGCCUGGGCCCGAAUUCCCCCCCCCCCUCCUUCUCUUCAUCGGUGUAUAUUAAAAGCUACACUGAAAGGAGAGUUGCCCUCAUUGGACCAAAAUCUUAAAGUCAUAAGUUGCUGUUACUUUCAGGGGCAUCCGGUAGAAAGGAGAGAUUCUACAAACCUAUUUUUGAUUAAAUGUAGUAGUUUAGAAAAUAGUACAGUCUUACGAUCUCAGGCUAGCGUUCAUACAAACCAGGCCAGACAGUCUCGUCGUUCUCUCAUUUAUCCAGCCUGUAUGAAGAGAUAAUGAGGCCCCACGGUGUCGUAGUGUCUGAAUAACGAAGAGGGUCGAUAAGCAGCCAAUUUUAACUCACAACAUCUUCCAACAAUGUUGAGCGGUAGAGCGAAAUCACCUCGAUAUUUGCAAUACAUUCAUUAAAUGGUAGAAGAUGUGGAGACCGGUUGAAUCAUGUUAAUUUGAAUUUUUUUUCUGAAUAGUUUCGGGCAAAUAAUGAGCACCCACACAUUUGUCGCACUACUCGAAGAAAUCACUUAUAUUUAGGCAGAGAAUUACAUCUUAGAUAAGCUGCAUCUGACCUUUGUUAUAUCCUUUGCUUUUAGUAUGAGGCGUGGAAAGUUCGAGAACUCAAACGAAUCAAAAGAGAUAGAGAUGAAAGAGAACAGUAAGAUAAAUCUAUCUACUAAUAACUUGAAUGAAUUAAAAGGAAUGGCAAAGGAAACAUCUACUUUUAAUUCUUUUGCGAUGAUAAUUUAUAAACUCAGUUGAUAAACUUAUUUGCUUGUCAAUUUAUUUAGUACGAAAGUACUAACUGGGACACUAUAAUACGUCUCUUACUGAACACGGAACCGCCAUUUCAUGAGGUCAUCUGAGCCACGCGAAGUUCUUGCCGUUUGCAUUGCAAAAGUUAGUAGAAAGGUUAAGCAUCACGUUUACGGCAAACGCGAAAUUGCAUCACGUGAGCAAGUUUCCUCGUCGUUUGCUGUUCAUUAUUUCUACACCUAAAUUAGUUAUUUCACGUAAUUUUUCAUCCAUAAGAAUUGUUUUGACCUGCUUUUAUCUGCUCAUUUUCUAUUUUGAGAAAUUCUCAACUUGAAUCUGACGUUUGCCUUUUGCCAUGCACGUGAAGCUUAAACUCUCUAGUACCUUCAUUUCUCAGUUAUUUUAAGACUCUGAGUAUUGGUCCGGCCCUGGGAAUUGAAUCCGCGACCUCCCGCUCUGCAGUCAACCGCUCUACCGACUGGAGCAGCAGCUUAUCUUGCCGCAGUUAAUUUCAACUGAACUCUGCUUGCAACCUUUACAGUUUGUUAAUUCUUCUCCUUUCUUACGUUUAGAAUGGAGAAAGAAAGACAGGAAGUCGAGCGUCUUCAUGAUCUUACUGAAGAUCAGUGGAGAAGUGAAGUUAGGAACAAUCCUAAAGUUAUCACCAACAAAGCUGUUAAAGGAAAAUACGGCUUUUUGCAGAAAUACUAUCAUCGUGGCGCCUUCUUUUUGGUAAGUUGAUUUCCCGUUUCACUGCACUCAGCUGCAAUUCCGGACAAAAGUCCUUGGAACAGUGAAUUUUCUGUACAGUCAGGGUUCCCUCAUAAAGCAGUGUGGCCUUUUCAAAAAUAUCUUGCUGUUCUCCCUCCCCACACCCUAUACAAUGUUGAAACUCGAGAAAGUUUUGGAUACACGCGUUAAACGUUGUUUGUGGGGUGGGGGAGGGGUUAGGUAUGUUUGAUUUGAAAAAAGCCACACAGAUAGAAAUUUGUCCCACAUGUAAAUCUGGCUCGCUUUGUAAAGAUCACCGCACUUUAAUUAAAAGCAACAAAAAUCAACUUCGCGAUAACAUUACAUUCAAGCCAGCCGCCCGGUUAGCUGGUUUAAAUAUGCAGUAGAACUUCUCCACAAUGACCACCAGGGAGGCAGAAGAAAGUGGCCUUUGUGGACAGGUGGCCUUUAGUGGCGGUUCGACUGUACCGGAAUAAAAGUCAUCUCAGCAAAGGUAGCCAUGUUCCGGCUCGUUUCACCAGCACCUUGGUUGGAUAGGUUACUUUUCCGUUAGUUUCUUGGCUAAUUAUCCUCUAGAGGUUAAAAUUUUCAAUAAGUCUCCUAAGACAAAGCUUCGAUUUUACUUUCGACUCACGCUCGACCCCUUUGUGCCUUGCCGACAGGUGUAUCAUUUGCCUGAUAUAAUAUCCACCCACUAGCCACCUCCACUUCGGUGAAUAAUUGUUCGAUUUCUGUUGUGUUUUUGGGAAUCCGCUAAGCUUGGUCUAGUAACUUUGAGGAUCAUAUCCACCUUUAUCUUUAGUCUACAGUUCAUGUGUGUGUUUUACUUCAUGUUUCCACCGUUGAUAGGGAAUAAUUGUUAUUUAUCCUCUUGAAACGACCAACUUAUGAAAAGAUGUCGAGGCGCACUGAUUGUUGUAAACCGUGGUCUAAGAGCGCACACCAUAAGUUGGUUAAAUGGCCAUGAGAAUGUUUGGUUGAAAAGCUAUUAAAAUUAGUAUUUGUCAAAGCCUCGCACUGUGAUCUGAGAAAUUUGUACUGGUUCUAUAUUUUAACAUAUAUAUUUUUUCUUGCUUCACAGGACGAAGAGGACGACGUCUACAAACGAGACUUUGCAAAACCUACACUCGAAGAUCACUUUGAUAAAACAGUUAUCCCAAAAGUUAUGCAGGUCAGUGCGUGUAAUUCAGUGAAACAGCACACACAUAUAUUUUAUCUCUCUAUUAUUUCUAAGACGGCUGUAAGACAGUUACCGUUUCCGCAGAAAAGAAGGAACCAAAAAUAAAAAACAAAAGGAAACAGACUUUUUCUUAGAUGUAACUCAAUCAAGAAGUUUGCAACAGGUCAUUUAUAUGGCGCUAGGCUCGAUUAUUAUGCAGCCGCUGUUUGGGAAAUCAGUCCGGACAAGACCGGACCAAGGAGUGCGGCGGAAAUCGAGCCUAAUAUGGAGGUUUCUUUUACUCUGAAAUUUGCUUGUUUGAUUUCCUUACCUUUUUCUAAAUGUUUGAAGGUGUAACGUACUUCCUUGUUUCCCUCAGGUGAAAAACUUCGGCCGGUCAGGUAGGACAAAAUACACCCACUUGGUGGAGCAAGACACAACACAGGUAAGUCAUUUGGAACAAUACCCGUUCUGGUUAAACUGCUUCCUCAUACCCCUGUGAAGUAUCUUCCGGUAUUGGAAACUGGUCUUUGAUGAGAUUCACUUGUUUUUAUGAAACUUUACUCCGUAAGGCUGUAACCUUUAAACAACUGAAGGGACCUGUUGUCCCUCUUGUGUUCCAUUUACGCCACGACUAAACCUGUUAAAGUUUCUUUCAAGUUCACUACAACGUCAGCAAUAUAAUAGCAAAGGGUCUGAGGGCUUUCCUUGAAUGGUAUUUUAAAAGUAAUUUUUCCAGUAUCCCGUCAGUGGUUUUUACUGCGUCAAAGCUGGGUCAAAAGGAAAAACACAUUUUGUCGCUUUUUCGUUCCAAAGGCCUAUACAUCCGGUAUUGCGCGCGUCGAUCGCAAGGCUGAGAGACGUGUCACCUUUUAGUCGCUGCGUUAGCUGAGCAAGAUUUUUUCUAGCCGUUCGUUAAUACAAAAGAGUGAGAAAGCCAGAGCUGCCACCCAUGUUUGUUUAAACCGCACACUAUUACUGCGUGGAUCGACCUAAAUUCGAGCGAGACGACCUGCUACCUACUGAAAACUAAAUUAGAAUUAACAGAGUUACCAUAUCCGUUCUUGAUGCCUUGUAUUUUAUUCUCGUGUCUUUCUUUUAGAUGGAUUCGCCCUGGACGCAGGAUAACACUCUGGCUAUGAAGUUCCACACUGUUCGCGCUGGUGGAAGCAAACAAACG